AUGCCAAAGGAACAGAGUUCAUACAAAGCUAUGGAUUACUAUCGAUCACCACCUCUCACCUCCAACAACCUUGUAUAUCCACCCAUCAACUCUCGACCCAUGGCCACACCAUACUAUGAACCACUGCAACAUAGCUAUCAGAAUAUGUCCAGCUAUGCAACAGGAGGUCCCGUACAACAACCUCCUUUACCACUUCCAACUCAACAUUAUGUCCAGAGUACUCCAAUGCCACCCUCCAUUCGACCUUCAUCUGGAGCGUGGACACCUAUUGAUGAUCGGACUUUGAUAGCAGCACGGAAGCAAGGAUUGAAUUGGCAACCUAUCCAGGCAACUUACUUUCCAAACAAAUCGGCUAACGCCUGUCGAAAGCGUCAUGAACGUUUGAUGGAACGAAAGUCUAGUGAUGAUUGGGACAAUGUCAAAUCUGAGACACUUGCGAAGCAUUACAUGGAUAUGCGUAAAGAAAUCUGGUCCGGACUGGCUGCCGUUACUGGGGAAAAAUGGAACGUUGUGGAGCAAAAGUGUAUGUCAACUGGUCUCAAAAAUAUGCAAACAUCCGCCAGAGCUUAUGCGCGCCGCGAACGUAUGAUGGAAGCAGGAGGGCAAACUAGAAAUGCAGCAUACUCGGACCACAAUGAUUAUGAAGUGCAUGAAGACAGCGGAAUCAGCAUCAAUCUCGACGGCGAUUAUGAUCGUGAUAAUGGCUCAGAAGCUUCUACUAAUGACCCGCUUAAUCAACAACAUUACUCAUAUGCACCACAAGUUCUCUCGGAUGGCCGACCGGAUGGAUAUCCACAGACGGACCGUAACGAUGGCUACCCGCAAACUGACCGAAGUCCAUACCACCAAGAUAACCGAGCAUCAUUUCACUCACGUUUACCUUCUAUGGAUAUGGGCAUUGAUGCUAUUAUUAAUCAACCAACUGGGCUCUAG